CAUCUAGUGGCUUCUGAUCCAUACACAGUAGAGGGCGAUGUUACAAGUUUAGAGCAACUCGUGACAUGGCGACGUAAAUAACGGACUAUAAAUUUUUUUUCUUCAAAAAGCGUUUAUUUUCAAUAUACGGAUAAGUGUUUCUACGACUACAAAAUUAUGAGCUUGUAAAUCACAGCUGAAGUCCAUAUUCGGCUGUUUACGUCUAAUUCCACUGAGGCCUGAGUGUUUUGGCGCACGCAGUAAUGUAAAUAAGGAGUCAUUUUUCAUCUCAGACGGCAGUGCUUUAAGUUCGCACCUAAAAAGAAGUGAGUGUUGGAACGCAGGAAAGCGUUUAACGAUGCCCGAGCUCGGCGGAAAGUAUUCGGAGGCCGGCAGCCCGAGAAAGCGCCGCCGGAGCCGCUCGAGCAGCGGAAGUUCGCGGAGUCGCUCGCGGGAGCGCGUCUCCAGUCCUGCGGCCGAUAACCACAGACACGACGGGACAGAAGAGCGGAAGUCCAAAUGGUCCGACAGCAGAGACAGGAGUCGGAACCGCUUCCGUGUUGGCGGCUCGCGCAGUCGGUCCAGAUCGAGAGAACGCGAGAAGUUGGCCUGGGCUGAGGAGCGGGACCGAGGACACUAUGCGGGAUCAAGAUCCGAUUACUACGACAAGAGAGACGACAUCCAAAGGCAAAGACAAGAGGCUUUCAUUGCUCGGCGCUUGCAAGAACGUGAGAGAAUCGGUGAACUGGGAUGUCCUGAGGUCUGGGGCUAUUCACCAAGAGUCCGAGACCCCGACUCAGAUGAACACACUCCCGUUGAAAAAGAUGUGAAGAGCAGCAGCUCUGAGACAAGUUCAGAAGAGGAAAAGAAGAAAAAGAAACGAAAAUCGAAGAAAAAGAAAACUCGCAAGCACUCCGAAGACACGGAAUCAGAAAGUGACUCAGAAGAAGAGGUAAAGAAGAAGAAGAAGAAAAGGAAGAAAAGUAAAAAGAAGAAAUCAAAGAAGAAGAAGGCUAAAAAGAACCGCAAAGAGUCGAGCAGUUCUAGCAGUGAUCAGUCCGCAGAGGAAGAUGAUGACCUCGGAGAAUUGUGGGUGGAGAAAACUCGUUUUGAGGAUCAUGUGGUUGGACCUGAAGCUCCUCUAACUCACCUGGCCCAAGAUGAUAAACCACUGGAUUUUGGUCAUGCUCUGUUACCCGGUGAAGGUGCUGCCAUGGCGGAAUAUGUAAAGGCAGGCAAGCGUAUUCCAAGGAGAGGUGAAAUUGGCCUUACCAGUGAAGAGAUUGCUGACUUUGAGAAAUCAGGCUAUGUAAUGAGUGGAAGCAGACAUCGGCGCAUGGAGGCUGUCCGUCUGAGAAAGGAAAACCAGAUCUACAGUGCUGAUGAAAAGAGAGCCCUUGCUUCCUUCAACCAGGAAGAAAGGAGAAAGAGGGAAAGCAAAAUCCUUUCCAGUUUCAGGGAAAUGGUGUAUAGAAAGACUAAAGGAAAAGAAGAAAAGUAAUUGUUAAACGUAGUGUACAUAAUUUGGUGAAUUAAAAGUAAAUAUUGGUUAAAAAACUUCUAUAAAAGAUACUUGAUUUAAAAAGUAACAAUACUGUAACACUGGGGUGCCAUGGUAACGGCCCGCGGGCCGGAUACGGCCCGAUUGGUCAUCACAUCCGGCCCGGUGGUUCAUGAGACUUUUUUUUUUUAAAUAAUAAAUUAAUAAAAAUCGAA